UCCAAGGGUCCUCGUUACAGUAGGCACAGUUGGGAGGUCAAGGGAGGAUUUAGUGCACUGGCCCAGCCUAAGGUAAGCCUCAGGCUACAGUGGGCGGGCCCCUUCCCUAACAUUACGUCUUUUUCGCAAGAGGGUCCCCUGGACUUUGUUGGGCCAAUGGUAGUAGCCACCGACUUCCCCCAAACAUUUCUCCCGUUUUGCUCCGUAGUAACCGUAGAGUUCAUUUCCCUCCACUCUGUUCUUCGGUCUUCUUCCUUCUCUUUCCCAUCACCACCGCCUCCAUCUCCUCUACCAAAACAUCUUCUUUUUUUAUAAAUCGAACCUUUUAGGCUUCUUUUUAAACAAACUACAAUCAUCAUGUCUGUCCCUGCUUUCUCCGACAUUGCCAAGCCGGCCAACGAUCUCCUCAACAAGGAUUUCUACCACCUUGCCGCCACCACCUUCGAGUUCAAGGACACUGCCCCCAACGGCGUUGCCUUCAAGGUCACUGGCAAGUCUAGCCACGAGAAGGCCACCUCUGCCGCUAUUGAGGGAAAAUACAACGACAAGGCUACCGGUCUUACCCUUACCCAGGCCUGGAACACCGCCAACUCCCUCGACACCAAGGUUGAGGUCAACGAUACCCUUGCCAAGGGCCUUAAGCUCGAGGGUCUCUUCAACUUCCUCCCCGCCACCGCUGCCAAGGGUGCCAAGUUCAACCUCUACUUCAAGCAGCCUGGCUUCAACGGCCGCGCCUUCUUUGACCUCCUCAAGGGUCCCAAGGCCAACGUCGACGCCGUUGUUGGCCACGAGGGUUUCCUCGCUGGUGCCUCUGCUGGCUAUGAUGUCCAGAAGGCUGCCGUCACCAGCUACAGCGCUGCCGUUGGCUACGCCGCUCCUCAGUACAGCGCCGCUGUCACUGCCACUGACAACCUGAGCGUCUUUGCUGCUUCUUACUACCACAAGGUCAACUCCCAGGUUGAGGCUGGUGCCAAGGCCACCUGGAACUCCAAGACCGGCAACACUGUCGGCCUCGAGGUUGCCUCCAAGUACCGCAUCGACCCCGUCUCUUUCGCCAAGGUCAAGCUCAACGACCGCGGUAUCGCCGCUCUCGGCUACAACGUCCUCCUCCGCGAGGGUGUCACCCUGGGUCUCGGUGGUUCUUUCGAUACCCAGAAGCUCGACCAGGCUACCCACAAGCUCGGUGCCAGCUUCACCUUCGAGGGUUAAAUUGCUCCCUUGUGUAUUUGUGAGCGGCGCUUGUCGUGCGUUUUUGAAAAGUAGCUGCGCGGAAGCAGCUCAUGUACCCUACUAGACUACGUGCAUUUGCUUUGGGAUUCCCAGUGGGUAGAUGUAUAAUAAUAUGAAAAAUAUACUUUCUUUUGUCACUGC